CCCAGUCUGUCCUUCCCGGAUCUGCCCUUGCUCGCAUGGGGAAUGCAGCCUCAACCUGACUCGCCCUUUGCCUGCCUCCAUGCUUCCAGGACGAUGAGAGAGCCAGAGGCCCACACCGCUUUCAGGAGGAUGGCUGCCUUCUCCCAGUGCAUCAGGCCUGACCCCAGCGAACUGGACAUGAUUUCCACGCGGGUGAUGGACAUUAAGCUUCGGGAAGCUGCAGAAAGCCUUGGGGAGGACAACACAGGGAAGAAAAAGUCCAAAUUCAAAACUUUUAAGAAGUUAUUUGGGAAGAAGAAGAGGAAGGAAUCACCUUCGUCUGCAGGAAAUAGUGCCUGGAAACAAAACCCAGCCAAGAGCGAGGUCAUUGCCAUCGAGUCCGGGCCAGUGGGCUACGACUCCGAGGAUGAGCUUGAGGAGUCCAGGGGCACACUGGGCAGCCGGGCGCUUUCACAUGACAGUAUUUUCAUUCCUGAGGCGGGACAGGACCCUGCUCGGCCCGUUCGAGUGUUUUCUCAAGAAAAUGUGUGCGACCGGAUUAAAGCGCUACAGUUAAAAAUACAAUGUCAUGUGAAGAUGGGGCCACCGCCUCCAGGGGGGCUACCCAUCAAGCGGGCAGAGGACACUGGCAUGAGCUCUGAGGAUGACGGGUUGCCCCGGAGCCCCCCGGAGAUGUCCUUGCUGCACGACGUGGGCUCAGGCACAACCAUAAAGGUCUGCUUAGUGUCCUCAUCCCGGCCGCAGUCUCCAGAUCACAUGAGCGAUGCCAUCGUCUCCUCCCGGACCUCUGAUAGCAGCCUGGCACCCGUGGCUGACUUCAGCCACCCCCCAGAGUCCUCCUCCUGCCUGGACAACUCUGCAGCCAAGCACAAGCUCCUGGUUAAGCCAAGAAACCAGCGAUCAAGUAAAAUGAGGCGGCUCUCUUCGCGGGCACAGUCAGAAUCCCUGAGUGACCUGAUCUGCACCCCCGAGGAGGAGGAAUAUGAUGAGAAGCCAGUGCCCAAAGUCAACACAGAGGAGAAUCUCAGCUCUGAGCAACAGGAUUUAACGAUGGACAGAAACCCUGUGCCUGGGGGACCCCGUGCCAGACGUGCCCGCCUGCAGCACAGUUCAGCACUCAGUGCAAGUAUGGAGGAGGGGAGCUCCUUUGGGGAUGUCCCCUCAAGCCGCCCGGCCACCCCAGAGAUCACUGAGCCCAUGGCAGUCCUAGCCCCCUGCGUGGAGUCCCUGUCUCUACCGGAUGGCUCUCUGCACCCCAUACCUAACAUUGAAAUCCAAGAGGAGGAACUGUCCACUGCAAGCCCAUGUCCCCCAGCCAGGGACAGAGAUGAAGAGAUGGUUUGUGCUUCUGGAGAUGUAGAAAGUGAAUCAUCUACCAGUGUCCCCUCGGUGGAAACAGCACCUCAUGACAUAGCACCUCCUGAGAUUGUCAUUGCCACCACCUUGGAGACACCCUGUAAUCCAGACAGUCCAGAUCAAAGUGUCCAGCAGGAGGUAGAACCCACCUUGGCAUUGCCUGGCCCCAAGGGAGCAGGGACAGAGCCUGUGGUGAUCCCAGCCCUGAGCCCUCCAGGGCCCAAGAGCUGCCUGAAGCACAGAGCUAUGACAGUGGCCGAAGACCUCAGUGUAUCUUCAGCACCCACCACAGAGUCACCUCUGCAGGAGCCCAGCCUGCAAGCCCUGGGCAACACGGCUGUGUCCCCCGAGCGCCCUAAGGCUGAGCACACAGAGUCCCCUAAGGGCGGUCCUGAGAGGGGGUCGCUGGGACGGAAAACUGAACGUGGUGCUGCUGGUGGGGAGCUGAGGGGUGUGAAGAAAUUCUCAGUGUCAUCAUGUAGGGCACGGCAGCGCCCGGGAGGCCCUCGCCCUCAAGGUCCCACUGUCCCCACUGUCUCUGCAAUCCGAUUGCCCCUGGCACGCACUGGCCUGGCCUGGAGGAGCGAGGCGGCCCUCGAUGACCUCCACAUGCUCCCUGAGCCCCAGACUCGAAAAUCAGACCCUCAGAAGCCAGCACAGCCAGAGUCUCAAGACUCAAGGGACAUUGUGGUCACCGUACCAGGCACGGGCGAGCCCUGUCCGGCCACUGUGGAACAACCCCCAUGUGAGGACAAAAGUUCCUUCCCUGUCAAGCUGCGGUCCACCUCCCUGUCCCUCAAGUACAGAGAGGGCCCCUCCCAGGAAGCCAAGGGCAUCAAGAGACACAGUGCUGAGGUCAGGUUAGAAAGGGGAGGACUGGCCCUGCUCCCCAAAGAUGAGCAGGGUCAUAUCGGGAUGGCCCCUGCACCUCGAGGUGCCAGGUCUCCCAACAGCCAGGGAAAGGGGAAGGCGCGGCCCCCCGAGCAGCCCAGUUCCAAGCCACCCCUGCCCAGGAAGCCACUGCUGCAGAGUCUCACUCUGGCCUACAUGCCCGAUGCCAGCCUUGGAGAGCCGGAGAAAGUGACCCUGCCUGCAGAACCCAGGAAGGACAGCAGAGGGGCAGAGAAGUCAGGACGCAGAGGCACCGAGAAGGGUCUGCCUGCAGCAGCAACAGGUCCUGAAGACCAUGGGCAGCCCACGCCACCCUGGAUCACCAUGGCACGGCAAAAGCGGCGUGGGGGCCCAGACCAGCUGUCAAGCCAGGAAGACAAGCCUGGAACUCGGACCCUGAAGUCAGAAACAGGAAAGCAAGCCAAGACACCAGAGAGACCCCAGGAGCCUGUGAGGCAGACUGACUUUGUCCGCAGCAAGUCUUUCCUGAUGACCCCUGCUAAGCCCACGGUGACCCAGAAGCAGGGGGCCAAGCUGAGCCUCAAGGAGGGGCUGCAAAGGGGAAUCUCCCUGUCACAUCAGAACUUGGCUCAGGCUGCGGCGAUGACAGAGAAGGAGUUGCAUCAGCUGAAGAGAGCCAGUUAUGCCAGUGCAGAUCAGCCCUCCUGGAUGGAACUCGCCAGAAAGAAAUCUCAAGCUUGGAGUGACAUGCCCCAAAUCAUAAAAUAAAUUGGCAGCCCACCAACGAAGAAUGUCCACUCCCUUGACAGGCCGCUUAGUUUAAAACUGCC